UUGAAUUUCAAAUCUCCCAACGUUACAUCCCUUCACGACCCUCUCUCUCUCUCUCUCUCCGACAUUCUACGCUGUAACUCAGUUACGUUUAACAAAACAAAACAAAACUUUGGCUUUUGUUUGAGCUCAUUUGACAGACACCAGCUUACCAGCUUCCUUCAAAGAAGCAAAGCUAAACUCAACACCUGCUUCAUCAUGGGUGCAUCAGGAAAAUGGGUGAAGGCUUUAAUCGGACUCAAGAAACCAGACAAGGACGAACAUGUGAAAGAGGGUGGUAAGAGCAAGAAGUGGAGGCUAUGGAGGAGUUCUUCUGGGGAUGUGGGUUCUUGGAAGGCUAUCAAAGGAAACCACCACAAAGCAGCUUCUGAAGGGUCUGAUUCUCCACCUGUUGUAGCAGCAGAUGCUUACACGGCCGCAGUAGCCGCUGUGGUUCGAGCACCACCUAAGGAUUUCAGACUCGUCAAGCAAGAAUGGGCCGCCAUAAGAAUCCAAACUGCCUUCCGUGCCUUCUUGGCAAGAAGGGCUUUGAGGGCAUUGAAAGGAGUGGUGAGGAUUCAAGCUCUUGUUCGGGGGAGACAGGUGAGGAAACAAGCUGCGGUGACACUUAGGUGUAUGCAGGCCUUGGUUCGGGUUCAGGCCCGUGUAAGAGCUCGUCGUGUGAGAAUGUCCAUAGAGGGGCAAGCUGUGCAGAACAUGCUUAAUGAAAGGCGCAGUAAGCUUGAACUUUUGAAGCAAGCUGAGGAAGGAUGGUGUGACAGCAGAGGAACUGUGGAAGAUGUUAAAGCAAAGAUUCAGAUGAGGCAAGAAGGAGCUUUCAAAAGGGAAAGAGCAAUUGCUUACUCUCUUGCUCAAAAGCAAUGCAGAUCAACCUCAAGUUAUAAUUCACGAACUACUGGCUCUGUUUCCUCUCUGAAGAGCCAUGAGAUUAACAAAGCUAACUGGGGGUGGACUUGGUUGGAGCGUUGGAUGGCAGCCAAGCCUUGGGAGAGUAGAUUGAUGGAGCAAUCUCAGGCUGAAGGCUUGUUAGAUAAAACCCCACAUGCAAAGAAGUUUGAAGAAUCCUUUGUGAACUCUAAUUCCAAAUCAUGUUUGGUCAAAGUCAAGAAGAACAACAUGACAACAAGGGUUUCUGCUAGGCCUCCCCAUUUUGGCCAAGCUACUCGUUCAUCCUCAAGUCCAAGUUCUGAGUUUCGAUAUGAUGAGAGUUCUGCAUCAUCUUCCAUUUGUACAUCUACAACACCAAUGUCUGGGAACACUUGUGACAGGACUGAUGACAGUAAUGGUAAUGCUGUUGCUAGGCCUAAUUACAUGAACCUGACUCAGUCCACAAAGGCAAAGCUAAAGACAAGUAGUAAUCAUGUGUAUAAUAGAGCUCAAAGGCAACAGUCCAUGGAUGAGUUUCAAUUUCUCAAGAGGGCAGCGGUUUUCUCCAAUGGAGAUUCCAAAAGCACUACAGCUUCUGACCCUUCAAUCAACCUUUCUAGGCCACUUCACUUGGACAAGAGCUCGGUGAGGCUACGGUGAAAGGGAAAUGGCCCAGUUUACAUGGUAUGAGAAUGUGGUGGAAGCUCAACAUUUUUGUGUAUUUUGUCAUUAUUUUUCCCAAGAAGUUCAACAUCUUGUUGUUCCAUGCAAUUUAAAUUGCAUUAGCUAGGUAGAAGUAGCUUAUGUUUGAUAAUACUUAUGAGGGGUCUCCAUCUGUACAAUUGUUCAUUUAUGGGUAUUGAUAUUACUCA